UGCCGGAGAGUCGAGACGGCGGAGCUACGCUGCGGGAUUACGCUGUUCCUUGUCGGGAUUUUCGCUCUCGUGCGCGAGCGUGUGUGUGUGUCGGUGAAUUUCGGGGGAUUUUGUCUCCUCGCGAUUUCUUGUGGAUUAGUUCUCGUACCUUGUGAGUGACGUCGAGGUGAAGGAUUCCUGAGGGUUUGGAUGCUUUGGAAAAAAAUAUUUUUGUCCCCGAUUACCGACUUUGUCGAGGGAAUUUGUAGUUUCGAAAAAAGUUGGUCUUCCGAACGAAACUUAGAAAGUUGUGGAUAAGAUUCUUUCCCCUUCAGUUAAGAGUUGUGUUAUGAAAAUCCGACUUGACGAUGAAUUAGUGAUGUUACUUCCGAACGCGAGAGAGGACCGAGAGCAAAACUUUGCCAGCAUGGACAUCGUCUGAGUGACACACGAAGUGAGAAGGAGGAAAAGACAAAAAAGAAAAGUAAAUAAUAAAAAAAAACAAAUCAAAACAACCCUUCUAAAAAAAACAAGGACAAAAACCCAACCAACAGAGAUAAGCAAACACUACAAGGAUUCCAACCCCUUCCCACCCCCGACCAAAGGACCAAACCAAUGGUGAACCAACUGUAGAACCUUCUUCCCUCCCUCCCCCACCUCGAAAAUGGCUGGUUUCAGAGGUGUGUUGGCCUCGGUGCUUGUGGCCAUGAUGGUCGGCUCUCUGCCUGGCCCAUCCACGGCCAACUUCAACCUCUAUCUGACACAAGAAGAGGUCACCAGAAUCCUAGGUUUGACCGCAGAGCUGUACUACGUGCGUGAAGGAGUUGUCAACGACUAUGCCAUCAACUGGAUAGUGCCAGUGCCAGCCGACAUCCACCGUCUCUACUUCACGUGGGAGGCACUCACCAAGAAGCCGGUGCUGUACAACAUGGCCAUUUGGGUGAACGACACGGCGCUGCCCGGCCCGCCGCCCCUCGCCGCGCCCUCCGUCAACGUGUCCCUGACCGGAACCGUGCCGCAGGAGCCGCUCACCUUCCGGCUGGACCUCCCGUGCACCGGCAGCCGCAGCGCCGAGGUCGACGUCAUCUUCAACAUCAACGUGACGUCGCCCAGGCCGCGCCAGCCGCCCACCGUCCUCUACUUCAGGAGGAGGAAGAUCUGCCUCGAGGGACACUCGGCCGAGAUGUAUGCUCCCCACCUGGGGCCCCUGGGGGAAGGGGCGACGCUCCCCGUGGUGUACUACGUCGUGCCAGCCCUCGGAGGCCUCACGCUCGUCGUCACCAUCAUCGUUGUCGUCGCUUUCGUCAGGAGGAGGAAGCUCAAGAGGGACCGGGAUCACAGAAUUCUUGGCAUCAACGACCUGGGCGUGAAGGCGCGCCCGAUGACCAACUCGACGCUGCUCCGGGCGGCGACGCCCAACAACAACACGUACACGCUGCCUUCCUCCGUCACCAUCAACUCGUACGCGUCUCUGAGGAAGCUCACCACGCCCAUCACGCCUCUCACGCCCCUCACCCCCGCCCACUCCCUGCCCCAUGCCCCUGCCACGGUGUCCCUGACGCCGUGCAGCAGGGAGAGCGGCAGCAGGGAGGCCUGCGACGCCUCGCGGGACAGCGGAAGCAGAGACACCUGCCAGAGCUCCAGUUCCCUCAGCAGAUCGGAGGUGAUCGUCGACCCUUCGGCGGCGGAGCUGCAGGAGAGGUUCCGGCAGAUGGAGGUGGAGCGGCAGCGCGUGCGGCUGACGGCGGUGGCGCACGAGGGCUCCUUCGGGCGCGUGUUCCGCGGCUGGAUCCAGCGCGACCGGCCGGAGCAGGACCAGCAGGUGCUGAUCAAGACGGUGACGGAGGGCGCGCCGCACGACGAGGUGGUGGCGCUGUACCGCGACGGCACGCACCUGUUCAACCUGUACCACCGCAACGUGCUCACGAUGGUGGGCAUCUCCUUCGCCGACAACUCCUCGCCCUUCCUCAUCUACCCCUUCCACGGAUAUAGCAACCUCAAGCUAUACCUUCAGGAGCACCGGGGCGGCCACCUACGAGCCACGGAGCUGGUGGAGCUGGCGGUGCAGGCGGCGCACGGCCUCGCCUUCCUGCACACGGCCAAUGUGUUGCACGGAGACGUCGCCGCCAGGAACUGCGUCGUGAGUGAGAAACUCCAGCUGCGCAUCACCGACGCAGCGCUCUCCCGAGACCUCUUCCCCAGCGACUACGAGGCGGUGGGUGCUGAGCUCGCGAGGCCUAUCAAGUGGCUGGCCUACGAAGCCAUCACCGACAGGAUCAUAUCGACGGCCAGCGAUGUGUGGUCGUACGGCGUGCUGCUGUGGGAGCUGACGACGCUGGCGCAGCAGCCGUACGUGGAGGUCGCCGCCUGCGAGAUGGGCGAGUACCUGCGCGACGGCUACCGGCUGGCGCAGCCCCUCAACUGCCCCGACGACCUGUACAAGGUGAUGGCCUUCUGCUGGGCCAUCCACCCGCACGACCGCCCGCACGCCAAGCUCAUCCUCGACUACCUGGCCGCCUUCCACCAGCAGCUCAACAGCUUCAUCUGAUAUAGGGAGGCUGGCGGAGGAGGAGGAGGAGCAGGAGGAGGCGGAGCAGCAGGAGGAGGAGCAGGAGGAACAGGAACGGCGAGCGGAGUAGGAGUAGGAGCAGGAGUAGGAGCAGGGGCGUUGAGCGGGAAGAAGAAGACGGCGAAGAAGGACGGGAAAGGCGACGAGACGAAGAGGAGGUCGCGGGUGGUGACGGUGACGGCGGCGGCGGCGGCGACGGAGGCGACCGAAGGGGAAGCUAAGAAGAGCUGAAGAAAGACCAAACGAACACACGAGGUUACUACGAGGCUUUAAUUUUUUUUUGCCCAAGUGGAAGAAAAGGAUUUGAUCAGUCGAUGAAAAAACUUCUGAUGAUGGGAAUAAAAAAAGAAUGAUGAAAAGAGUGAGGGAAAGAUGAAAGACCACAGAAAAAGACAAAAAAAAAAAAAAAAAAGAGAGAGAGAGAAAGAGAUAGAGAAAAGAAAAGUGGUCUGCAAUCUUUCCCCGAACGCGCGACCCGAUACGAUGCAUUUUCUAGAACUGCCCCUCUCUCCCCACUCCCUCCCUCCCCCAAACUCUCCCUGUGGCACAUGUCCACAUUUCCCUUUUGUGCACAGAAACAGGGAGAUCCCGCCAGACACGUAGACAAAGGGCGUGAAAGACGAGGAUCUCCAAAUGACGAAGUGACGUGCGCCUCGGAUUUCUCUGAAGGAUUUCCGGCGCGAAGGAUAUUGGCGGCGAUGGCGUCGGUCGAGAUUCCUUCCAGCCUGCAAUUGCAAGGGCGGGAAGGGCUGGGCUUGGGGGCUCCUGGGGGUUGUAGUCAGGGGUUAAGAAUAAACACACACACGCUCACGUACACGCACACACACACGGAUACACACACACACACGCACACGCACACGCACACGCACACGCACACGAACACGCACACAUAUAGAAACAUAUACAUAUGCACACACACACACUUAAAUGCAUAACAUUACGCUACAUAACAUAAUACUUAGGGAUUCCUAUAUAUAUGCAUACAUACAUACAUGCAUACAUUCAUACAUACAUACAUUCAUACAUACAUAUGUGUGUGUGUGUGUGUGUGUGUGUGUGUGUGUGUGUAUAUAUAUAUAUAUAUAUAUAUAUAUAUAUAUAUAUAUAUAUAUAUAUAUAUAUAAUUCUUGAUUAUAACACCGGAACAAUUCAGAAUAUGCAAGUUUAAAAUGUAGUUAUGAAUAUAGCAGUAACUGCAUUUUGUUAAUAGUGUAAAGGGAAACCAAAUCAAAAUAUUAAAUUGGCCGCGCGAGGGGGGAGGGGAGGGGACGGGGCAGAGUGGAACACACUUAACUUACGUUAAAACAUCAGCCAUGAUUGCCUGCGGUGGAUUUGCAACUGCAGAAAUGUUGCAGCAUGGUGCAUUUUUGUCCGCAGUGUGAAAUAUCUGUUGCUCAAAGGGAAAAAAAAUAUAUAUAUAUAUAAAAUUUCUGGAACAAAGGAACGAGGAAUACGAGGAUAAAAUAAACAGUAAUGAAAAUGGAAUAACAGUUAAAAAAAACCACGUGUGUUCAUAGUCAUAAUAUUUGUAUCUUUGUACAGGAUUCCCGACUGUUCAGAUGGAGCACACUUUUUUUUUUCAUUGAAUUUAUUGAACUUUUCACUAGUCACUCUAGCUUUUAUACGUUGUAAAUCUCUGGUCAAAUUUGUACUGUAUACAAACCUCCCUUGCUAGUGUACGGUGAUGUAUAGUGUCUAAGGAAGCUUAUUAAAGAUAAAAGAUAAAAAGGCAUUUAUGAUGGAUAGUUAAUUGAUAGGAAAUUAUGUCCCUCCCUUUCGAUUUUUUUUUAUUUUCUGAAGUUUGAUAUUUAGUGAAUAAAUAUCUUUUUUUCGUUGAUUAAGAAAGAAAGGAAAUUAAAUUAAGUUAUCAAGGCUUUGAAUUCAGUAAUAAAUAUUUAUUAGUUUUGAGAGAUACACAUUUCCCCGCCCACAUUUAGGCCUAUAUUAGGCUCCAAGGAUAGAUUUCAUUUGAAUAUUAAUAAACUCCCUUCAAUUCAUUUCAUUUUUCAUUAGAGAUUUGCAGAGUGAAUGUUUCCCGCUUUUUUAGACUUUAGGAGAGGAAGUGGUAUAAAUAAAUAAAUAAACAAAUAAAUCUCUAACGAGUCUGGAGAAAGAGCGUCCAUUUUUUCCAAAAAAAAAGAGAAAACAAAACCAAAAAAAAAAAAAUUCCCCGUUUUUUUUCUACCAGCAAAGCCAUUGAGACUAAGAAGGAUGUUUAUGUGUGAAUGUUCGAAAGAUUUUAUCCUUUUUUCACCCCCCAACACGCCUUCCUCUUUUUCUCGUUCGAUCCUCAUAAGUGAUAUAUACUUACAGACUUAUAUACUUAUAUAAGAAGCCACCCGAGUUGAUUCUGUCCAUUAGAAUUCGUGUCACUGUGGUUGUCAUUGUAUAAAUCUUUUUUAUCAUGUUUCCCUUCUAUCUCCUCCUGCGUAGUUCUCUAAAUAAAGUUCUAAAGUUGUGAUGUAACUUUCCUCUUGUUUUUUUUUUUUUUAUUAUUCUUUGAUUUGAACUGGUUUUAGUGAACAGAGGAAACUGAAAAGUUAUUAGCGAGUUAUGUCCUCGGUAGAUCCAUCAGUUGUGAUUUAUACGAGGAAGUUUUUUUUCCGUCGUCUUGUGAAUUUUCCUCCUGUCUUUUUCUUGUGCUUGUAAAUCACUUAAGAAAAAAAAAACACUGUUAACUCUUUUACUAUAAUUGUUUCAACUGUUUGAAAGUCGAGUGAGAGAAACAAAAAAAACAAAAAAAUUAUCCUGUACAUAUACUUGUGAUAUUGUAAACUGAUUGUACAUAAUUAUAUUUGUAUAGUUUAUGUAAUAUGUGAGCGGUGAAUAAAACAGUAAUAUACGCUAAUAA